AUGGCUGCCCACAACGACCCACUCUCUGCGCAUAGCCAAAGCUCACCACCAACACUCCCGCAAUCACCUGACCGUACACCUGACCGCACACCUGACCGCACACCUGACCGCACACCUGACCGCACACCUGACCGCACACCUGACCGCACACCUGACCGCACACCUGACCGCACACCUGACCGCACACCUGACCGCACACCUGACCGCACACCUACUGCACGCACAUCCACCGCAAUCAUGACCGACACAGAGAUGGAAGUGGACCAAGUCGAGGUCGAGGUCGAGGUCGAGCAGCCCGAGACCAGCUCCACCGAGCCCAAGGCCAGCGACGCGCGCACCGCCGCAGGCGCCACAGCCGUCCGCUCGAUUGAGGGGUGGAUCAUCAUCGUCACCAACGUCCACGAGGAGGCCACGGAAGAGGACCUGCAGGACAUGUUCGGCGAGUUCGGCACCAUCAAGAACCUGCACAUGAACCUCGACCGCCGGACGGGUUACGUCAAGGGCUACAUCCUCAUCGAAUACCCCACCCUCGAAGAAGCCAACGCCGCCAUCAAGGGCGCAAACGGCGAAGAGCUGCUCGAGCAGAAGGUGACUGUCGACUUUGCCUUUGUACGGCCUCCGCCCGCCGGCAAGGGACGCGCCCGCGACCACGACAAGCGCCAGAGCGGACGUGGCGCGGGGCGCGCGAGAAGUAGGAGCCCUGGACGUGACGGCGAGGACAUGGAGGACUAG